AUGCUCUCCGGCGCACUUACACCCCUCGUCGUUCUGGCCUCACUCGCCGUGAGGGCGGCUGCGCACGGCGACACGAACGGGAUGGACAUGAGCAUGGACGGCGGCAUGGAUCUCGCCGCGGGCAACAUGCUCAUGUGGUUCCACUUCACUCCCGGAGACAUCCUCUGGUUCUACGGCUGGGUGCCGCGCAGCACAGGGGCAAUGGUCGGCGCGUGCAUCGGCCUCUUCCUGCUCGCGAUGGUCGACCGCUGGAUCUCUGCCGCCCGGGCAGUCAUGGAGGCCCACUGGAGCAAGCGUGCGCAGAUCGUGCAGGCCGACCGCGCCAACGCCCGCAGCAGCGACGGAGGCAAGCCCGCCGCGUUUGCACGGGUGCCGCCGUUCAUCGCCACGAACGACCUCGCGCGCGGGGCGCUGCACGCCGUGCAGUCCGCGCUCCACUUUGCGAUCAUGCUCGCGCUCAUGAACUUCCAGCUCGCGUUCUUCAUCUCCAUCGUCGCCGGCCUUGGCGUCGGCGAGACACUGUGGGGGCGCUACGGCGGCCACGGCCACUAG